AUGACAGAGGUGCUGACAGCGGAUUGCAAGGUCUGUUGGAAAAUUGAAGAUGAUGAAUCACUGUUGAAUUCGCGGAAGUUGUUGGUGUUGUACAACGACUUGAAAUUGCUUGCGAAAUCAGUGUUACAAAAUUGGGACUGUGAAGGAACAGGGGCGGAUGGUGUUUGUGGGUUGUUUGCAGUGGAAGGAGAGGAACGGUUAUGUACUGGAGGAGUUAGGUGGUUGGGUGUUAACAGUGGCGGAUUGAUGGAGGAAGGUGAGGUUUGGAGUAGCUAUUGUGCAUGGAGAGAGGGGGUUUGUGGCGGAAUGAAUAGGGGAGAUGGUAUAAUUGAUGAAGAUGAAGUAGAUGGUAACGGUGGGAGUAUGUGUGGAAAUGAAGGGAAUUGA